AUGUGGUCUAACUCGAAGUAUUCCCUGAGGAAUAAUUCCAAACCUUACAAUUUGGAAAAGUUCAAUAAACGCCAGACCCAGCAGAGAUCGAGAACUUAUGGCUUGACCUCCGCUAUAUCUCACGACGGCCCGAAACUUGGCGAUGUCGACAAAAACGAGCGAUUGCGAGAGUACCUGGCCUCGUACGGUGUGUUCGAGUCAGAACAAGAGACUCAGCAUCGUUGUGAGGUGCUCGGCACCCUGCACCAGCUCGUGAGGCAGUGGGUGAAGGAGGAGUCUCUCAGGGAGAACAUGCCUGCUGAUGUAGCGAGCUCUGUCGGAGGAAAGGUGUUUACUUUCGGCUCGUACAGGCUGGGGGUACACAACAAAGGUGCUGACAUCGACGCGCUGUGUGUUGCGCCGCGGCACAUUGAGAGAAGAAGUUUUUUCUCCACAUUUUAUAGUCUUUUGAAGGCGCAAAAACAGGUCAAAGAUUUGAUAGCCGUUGAAAACGCUUUCGUUCCGGUUAUCAAACUGAAUUUUGAUGGAAUUGACAUAGACCUAUUGUUCGCAAGACUUCCUCUGUCGAAAAUUCCAGAUUCGUUUGACCUCGGUGACGACAUGUUAUUGAAGAAUUUGGACCAGAAGUGUGUGCCCUCGCUAAACGGUUGCAGAGUGACGGACGAGAUUCUUCGACUCGUUCCUAACAUAAAAGAUCAACUACAGAAUUAUGAGGCAACCAUAAAAGAUAGACAUAUGCUGUAA